ACUCCACAAUAUUCAAUCAAACAAAAAAAAACGCAACAAGACCUAAACCAAAACAAACUCAAAAGGAUUCUUUUCUCCAUACACAACUUCUAAAGAAAACAUGAAAAUGGGAAUGGGUUUAGUGUGUCUUACAGUUUUUAUGGCUGUGAUGACUUCUACAAGGGUCUCUGCUCAGUCAGGCUGCACAAACGUGUUGAUUAGCUUAUCGCCGUGUCUCAACUACAUAACCGGAAACUCUACUUCUCCUUCUCAGCAGUGCUGUCGUCAGUUGGGUAGCGUAGUCCAGUCUUCUCCUGACUGUUUGUGUCAAGUCCUCAACGGUGGUGGCUCUCAGCUAGGUAUCAACGUUAACCAAACACAAGCUCUUGGUCUGCCAAAGGCUUGUAAUGUUCAGACUCCUCCAGUCAGUCGCUGUAGUACCGGUGGUGGUGGUGGUUCUACUUCUGACUCUCNA